UUCUUCCCUCCUAAGCUCUGGUAAUUUAAUAUGACAGCCUGGGAGUUACACACUUUUAUGGAAGUGCCGACACAUUUCAGACCUCUUGCACAGUGCAGUUGCCUUUCCCAGAAGCACAUCUCUCUGGAGCGGGAGGCAGCAGCCCAGAAAUGCUGUAUCAGGAGGAAAAUUGACAGAGUUGGAAGUUUCUAAGUGGGAUGCAGAUGAGUGCUCUUCAGAUUGUUCUAUGCUGUGACCUUUUCCUGUGGCGCACGUUUUGUCCACUGUAGACAGAAUGAGGGCUUCUCUAUCACAGAGAGCAUUGUGCUGUGAAGGGCCAGCUUUGUAAUAGUAAAAGAGGAGAGGCAAAGGGGAGAGGGACAACAGGCCUGACUCCAUGGUGGCAGCAGGAAUUGGGCUCCAAUCACUUGCUUAACACUGAGAAAAAGAAGACAGGAGUGUUUUUGCUGUUAAGGCUCUUCCUUUGUAGUGGAGAACAUUAAAUUAACACCCAAAAAACAGUAUGAUGAAACAGUAAAUUAUGAGGUACUAUGUACUGACAAGCUCAGCAGAAGGAAAGCCCAGUGAAUGCUAGAGGAGGGAUUUUAGCCACAGUUUGCGGAAAAGGAGGCAGGCAUCCUGCUAGGAAAAGUUCAUGUGCUAGGAGGAGGUUUUGUCUUCAUCGGCCUUCAUUUUCAAAAAAUGAUUGGGAAAUUGUUUCUGGCUCCUUGAUAUUCUUAAAAGUUCUCCAGAACUAUUACUUUGAGGAAUAAUCAUAUGGAUUUUGAGAGAAAGUUUUUAAAAAAUUAUCAAGCUUUUCACAUUUUAGGAUUAAAAGGGACCUUAGAGAACAUUAGAUUAAAUUCUUUACCCAAUGCAAGAAUCCCUUCUACAGCAUCUUUGACAGUUGUCCACAUUCUCCUUGAUUGCUUCUGGUGACAGGGAGCUUAAUACCGCAAGAGAAACGUCUUCUGCUGUCUAACAGUUUUAUAAAUUUUAUUUUAUUUUAUUUAUUUUUUUUGAGAUGGAGUCUUGCUCUGUUGCCCAGGCUGGAGUGCAGUGGCAUGAUCUUGGCUCACUGCAACCUCCGCCUCCUGGGUUCAAGCGAUUCUCCUGCCUUAGCCUCCUGAGUAGCUGGGAUUACAGGUGCAUGCCACCAUGCCCAGCUAAUUUUUGCAUUUUUAGUAGAGACGGGAUUUCACCAUGUUGAUCAGGUUGUUUUCGAACUCCCGACCUCGUGAUCUGCCUGUCUCGGCCUCCCAAAGUGCUGGGAUUACAGGUGUGAGCCACUGUGCCCGGCCAGUUUUAUUUUAUUUUUUUUAUUUUUGAGAGAGAGUCUUGCUCUAUGACCCAGGCUGCAGUGCAGUGGCACAGUCUUAGCUUACUGCAACCUUGAACUCCUGGGCUCAAGCAAUCUUCCCACCUCAGCCUCGUGAGUAGCUAGGACUACAGGUGUGCACCACCACACCUGGCUCAUUUUUAAAAAUUUUUUGUGGAGACAGGGUGUCACUCUGUUGCCCAAGCUGGUGUCUAACUUCUGGUCUCAAGCAAUCCUCCUGCCUUGGCCUUUCAAAGCCUUGGGAUUAUAGGCAUGAGCCACUGCACCCAGCCAGACAGCUUUAAUUAAUAGAAAACCUUCCUCUAUUAAACCAAUAUCUGUUUCUCUGUGACUCAUUAGUGGGCCUCCCAGAUGUCUCCGGUGUUCCCUUGGUAGGAAUUUUUUUAAUCCAUAGACCAGAGUGGUACAGAAAAGAUACAGAUAAAUACAGAUUGGUUUUGGCAUGCUAAUAACUCCCUGAUUGAUCCCACAAUUUAGCAACUCCUAAGCAGUGUUAAAAAAGCUAGUUCUGCCUCAGGUUUGGAUGUCCACAGAAGAGCCUCUGUGAGCUAUCCACAGAGUAGUAACCUGCUCCAAGGAGCAGAUGGCACAUGUCUUGUCCCUGGUUUCCUAGUCCCAGGCUGCACGCCCAGCUGAUGGAGAGGACCCAGUCAUCCAACAUGGAGACCCGGCUGGAUACCAUGAAGAUGCUGGCCAAGCUCUCUGCUGACGUGACUUUUGCUACUGAGUUCAUCAACAUGGAUGGCAUCAUUGUGCUGACGAGGCUUGGGGAAAAUGGAACCAAACUCUUGUCCCACUACAGUGAUAUGCUGGCAUUCACCCUGACUGCCUUCCUAGAGCUCAUGGACCGUGGCAUUGUCUCCUGGGACAUGGUUUCAAUCACCUUUAUUAAGCAGAUUGCAGGGUAUGUGAGCCAGCCCAUGGUGGACGUUUCAGUCCUUCAGAGGUCCCUGGCCAUCCUGGAGAGCAUAGUCCACACCAGAAGAUACCAGAGUCUGUACCAGAAGAUAGCUGAGGAAAUCACCGUGGGACAGCUCAUCUCACACUUCCAGGUAUGAAUGAAAAAAAUUACACCUUUAGAAAAAGAGUUGUUAGAAAAAAGCCUUGGCUGCAUGUAGGGGAAGUGACAGCACAGAAGAGACCAGAGAAGAGCCUCCUGGAGGAGAGCCUGCACUUUGACCAUGCUGUCCGGAUGGGUGCGGUGCUCUUUUCUGCAGAGUGUUCAUUUCUAUGCUUUUUCUAUGGUUCCAUUUCAUAGAAAGAUUUGGGGUGAUGUUUCUUUUCCCUCAACUUUUUAUUUUAAAACUUGAAACACAGAAAAGUUGAUAAAAUAAUACAGUGAACAUUGGUAUGCUUUUCAACUGGAUUCACCAAUUAAGGUUUUGUCAUACUUGUUUUCUCUCCUCCGCAUAUGGAAGAUUGUAUAUGUGCCCUUUUUCUCCCUGAAUCAUUUCAAAGUUACCAGUAUCAUGGCAUUUCACUGUUAAGUACUUUCGCAGAUAUCUUCUAGGAACCAGGACAUUCUCCUAUAUAAUCACAAUACCAUUAAUCCCACCCCAAAAAUUUAACAUCAAUACACUAAUGAUACCUACUGUAUAGAUUAUAAUCAGCUUCCUUGCAGCAAUCUGUUUAGAAGGCUUGCAUCCUGUCACUGUCCACUGAUUAAAUUUUGAACUCUAACUUG